AUGAAGCCUACAGUUCUAUUGACUUUCGCCUGCCUGAUCUGGUUCGCCAGUGGCAUUAGCAUUGACUGCGAAAAUCCCGAGGCCAUCAACGAGGAGCACAUUCACUACUGUUGCAAGCAUCCCGACGGACACAAUGACAUCAUCGAGAAGUGCGCCAAGGAGACGGGAUUCCAGCUGCCCAGCCAGACCGAGGAGGCGAUGGUGGACAUCACAGCGGAUCGGGCCAUUCGAGGCACCUGCUUUGGCAAGUGUGUCUUUGGCAGUCUGAACUUCAUGAAAGGUGAAGAGUUGGACAUGGAGGCGGUGCGCAAUUACUUCAGCUCCAAGUUUGCCGAUGAUUCGGAGUACGCCAAGGAAAUGAUCAGCGCCUUUGACCACUGUCAUGGCAAGAGUGAGGAAAACACCUCCAAGUUCCUGUCGAAGCCCAUCUUCCGCCAGAUGUCCCAUCAAUUCUGUGAGCCCAAGUCGAGUGUGGUAUUGGCCUGCGUGAUCAGACAGUUCUUCCACAACUGCCCAGCCGAUCGUUGGUACAAGACCAAGGAGUGUGAGGAUACUCUAGCGUUCAGCAAGAAAUGUCAUGAUUCUUUGGCCACUCUUUAA